ACUCCAGCUGUUCGUGCCCUGCGCCGAAUCGGCGCUUAUAUUGGGGUAAUUAUGAGUCCGGCUCGCUUGUGCGCUACAGCGCAUGCUCCAUUUCCGGGUCACGUGACGCCUGUCAUGGCCGCCUCCGUGGCCCGGGGCGGCGUGAAUGCUGGGUUCUUGCUGCGAGUGGCCAAAGGUCGCUGGUGGAGCCGUUCUGGGGGCUUUUGGGGAUCCGGGGAGGCGGCGUCACCAGCGACAGCCAGAAAAUUCCGGGUGACAGGCUCGCGCUCGGCGGGGGAGGAAGAACCGAGCGGCCCGGAGCGGCCCGGGGACGUGGUGAACGUGGUGUUCGUAGACCGGUCAGGCCAACGGAUUCCGGUGAGAGGCAGAGUCGGGGAUAAUGUUCUCCACCUGGCCCAGCGCCAUGGGGUGGACCUGGAAGGGGCCUGUGAAGCUUCCCUGGCGUGCUCUACCUGCCAUGUGUAUGUGAGCGAGGACCACCUGGACUUUCUGCCUUCUCCUGAUGAGAGCUGCACCAACGUGCCCACUGCUAACCACUGCCUCCCUCGCCCAGGGAGGAUGACAUGCUGGACAUGGCCCCCCUCCUCCAGGAGAACUCCCGGCUGGGCUGCCAGAUCAUCCUGACACCUGAGCUGGAAGGGGCUGAAUUCACCCUGCCCAAGAUCACCAGGAACUUCUACGUGGAUGGUCACGUCCCCAAGCCGCACUGAUAAUGGGCAGCGGGACCAUCCCGCACACCCAUGGCCCAAGGGCCAGGACUGGAGAAAUAGCCACGUUGCCAGCCCAGCCCAGAGCAUGGACAGACCCGAGAGAGAUGUCAGAAGCACCAAGAAGGCCAAAUGCUUCAGAGAGAUCCCAUGUCCAGGCUCUGGUGGAGACAGGGCCCCUACUGGGGCAGCCUCUCCAAGCCCCGGAGAAUCCGAGUGUGGAAAGGGUUGGAAUCUAAUUAGAGUGACAAUAAAACCAUCUUACAGAACUCCA